UUGUUUACGAGUGCGUGAGUGUCGCUCUCUAUCUAUCGACGUGACACCUACUGGUAUCCAAUACACAGGGGAAAAGAAGUUUGAAGUUAAAGAAGAAGAGGUUUUUAACAAGAGCGAUGAAGAGAAGAGUCAUAUACUAGACAAUUUGAACAUUGACGAAUCCAAUAUACGAGAUGAAAGUCAGGAAAAUGAAUUAAUUGAACUAUUUAGGAAACACAUAGAUAUGCAUGUUUUUCAUUUGCAUUUCAUAUUCAUUCAGAAUGAAACGAUUUGUGAUCGAAAAUAAUCUCCGAAUAAUGAACACACAUACAGUUGUCCUUUAAUACGCCUAAGCACCAUGCAUGCGCACUAUCAUUAAGCUUUUAUUUCUCACCAACAGUAACCAUGACAUCCCAGUCACACCAUAUGGAUGUGGGGCUUGUAUCUUCACAAGAGUCAGAAAGCGAACCACCGCACAAAAGACCUCGUUUGGACGACGAACAUUUGAAAUGGGAUGUAGAAACAGUUGCUGUAAAGCUUAAACAAGCGGGUCUGGAUAAAGUUGCCGACAAUUUUCGUGAGAAAGGUAUAGCUGGCGAUACGCUGACACUGAUUGAAGACAAUGAUUUUGAACCAAUGGGAGUUACAGACUGGACCGAAAAACUGAAAUUACGGAAGUUUAUUCGCACACUAAAGAUACCUCCUUUUCCUUUACUAGGACGAAAGGUGUUCAACGACCCAGUUCACGACCAUAUAGAUCUUCAUCCACUGUGUGUUAAGAUAAUCGACACUCCGGAAUUCCAGCGUCUUCGAUUCAUAAAACAACUCGGCACCAGCUAUUUCGUUUAUCCAGGGGCAUCCCACAACAGAUUUGAGCAUAGCUUGGGGGUGUGUCAUCUAGCAGGUCAACUCCUUCGCGCAAUACGCCAACGUCAACCAGAACUGGACAUAACAGACGUGGAUGUUCUCUGUGUUGAAAUAGCAGGCUUGUGUCAUGACCUUGGUCAUGGCCCGUUUUCUCAUUUUUUCGAUGCCUUCAUAUCAAUUGUGUCGCCUGAUGCCAACUGGAAGCAUAAAGAUACAUCGAAAAGAAUGUUCAAAUACCUUGUGGAGCAGAACCAGUUGACUGCAGAAUUUGAGAAAUAUGACUUGACGGCUGGUGACCUGACUUUUAUAGAGGAAAUAAUCGCUGGACCCCAUUUCAAAGACGUAUGUGUGGGAAGAACAAAAGAUAAAAGCUUCUUGUACGAGAUCGUUGCCAAUAAGCGAAAUGGAAUUGAUGUAGACAAAUGGGACUACUUUGCACGUGACUGCCUCAUGCUGGGAAUCAGAAACAAUUUUGAUUACACACGCUUUAUACAUUUUGCACGUGUUUUAGAAGUUAAUGAUGAAUAUCAAAUCUGUACACGAGAUAAGGAUUCCGAGACACUGUAUGACAUGUGUCAUAAACAUCAGACGUUACAUCGCAUAGCUUAUAGCCACAAAACAUCGAACAUCAUCCAAAAAAUGGUGACUGAUGCCUUCGUAGGAGCCAAUAAACAUAUCGAGUUUGUUGGAGAAAAUAGUAAACCGGUCAAAAUGUCAGAGGCCAUUAAUGACAUGAAAGCCUUCAGUCAGAUGACAGAUCACGUUUUCAAUCUUAUACGGAAUUCAACGGACCCAAAACUGGAAAAAUCAAGGGACAUUUUAACAAACGUUUUGAAGCGCAAGUUGUACAAGUGUGUGGGACAAACGCAAGCUAAGGAAAAGCAAAUGAAGAAGGAGGAGGACAAACAACAGAUGAUCAAAGAGAUGUUCGAACUUAUGGACAGCGAUGAGUACGAAUACUCACCAUUGAAGAGAUUGGGCGAUCAUGGCAUUGUUCUUCUGUUUGUAGAUUUAGACCAUGGUAUGAACGAAAAAAAUCCCAUUGAGAACACGAUGUUUUAUUGCAAGGAAAGGCCCAACGAAGCUUUCAAAAUUGGUCGCGAGCAGGAAUCGAACUUUCUGCCCGUAUUGUUCAAGGAACAAGCAAUUCGCGUUUACUCGAAAGCAGAUGACCAGCGCUCCCAGAAAAUGGUUAGGGAUGCUUUUGUGUGUUGGUGCGAAACACACAGAUAUCCAACACCAAAGGGUGUACAAGCCGCCAAUAGAAAUAUUCAGCAGGCAAAUGAAGCGGAACAAGAACAGCAUCAACAAAGGAGCAAGAUCAAACAAGAACAAAAUAUGCAAUAAAACAACGCAGCUAUCAGCUAUGUGCAUUUGUCUCAGCAAUGCCCCUUUCUAUGUUUUGUAUUCACGGGGAUUAAGACAAAGUGGACAUUUUGCCGAAAACCUAAUUCAAAGUACUGGAGCUGGAAACACUGUCAAAAUCCCGGACCAAUUUUAAUCCACAUGUUGCAGUUUCAAUGGAGUCUGUCGCGAAUCGCCUGUCUAAAAUGUCACAAAUGCAUGCCACCACAAAAUAAACCGGGUUACCCCUUCUUAGGUUUAAUUUGGAAACCAAAACGCCUCACCCGCUGUUAAAAUCUCACAAGUGCAUGCCACCACAAAAUCAACCCUUUUGAAAGGUUUAUUUGGAAACUGGAACGCUACCCCCGUUGGCUAAAAUCUCAUAAAUGCAUGCGUCCACAAAACAAAACCUCUUUCAGGUUUUAUUUGGAAACUGGAACGUUACCCCCGCUGUCUAAAAUGUCAUAAAUGCAUACCGACACAAAAACAACACCAUUCCAAGGUUUAUUUGAAAACUGUAACGCUACACAUGAAGAGAAUAUCAGUUGUUUUUAACGCUUUUGGUAUUACGGUGUUUUUCUUUUUCUUUUUCUAUUACAGUAUAACAUUAUUUUUUAAGAUAUAUUUAGAUAUACACAUGCAAUAAGAAUAUGUGUAUUUCUUUGAAUUGUCCUGUUUAUCGCUUGAAUGUUGUCGUCCUUGUUGUCUUCGUCGAUAUGAAAUCAAACAUUUGACUCCGACUUGAAAGUCAUUAAUGAUAUGAUACACAUAUAAUUUGGAAUUGAUAUGGAUGCUAUGGCAAUACGCACAUACCUUUUAAGAAUCACAAAUCUGGUAAAAUAUUACUCAAACAUGUUUUCUUUUGUAAAAUGAGAACACCGGAUCGGUUACAAUUAUUUGUGACUACAUAAGUACAACUGUUAAUAUACAUGUGUGUCUCACUAAUAUGCGCUUGUGCUUCAUUUUAUGUACAUAUAUUUGCUCUGCGAACGUUCCAGCUAUUUGUAUAUCUAACGUUGAAAUGUCUUGUAUUUUAUAUGUAUUAAAAUUAUGUUCUAAAUGUUGA